AUGUAUCAAUCAAAGAAAUAUGUAAUUAAAUAUACUAAAUUUUCUGAUAGUAAAUAUGAUAGUGGAUCAAAAAAAGGAUCAGAAUCUUUAAAGCAAAUGAAAAAUAAUGAAAAGAUUAAAAAUAUUCCAAUUGGCCAUUAUCAUCAGAAUAAACAAGUCAAAGAAUCCUCCCAAUGUUAUCAACAAAAGAAACCAGUAAUUCCUUCAAAGAUUGAAAAUAUUCCAAUUGGAGAAUGUAUUCAUUGUCAUCAAAAUAAGCCAGUUAAAUUAGGAGAAUGUCUUCAAUGUCAUCAACAAAAGAAACAAGCAACUCCUUCAAAGAUUGAAAAUAUUCCGAUUGGAGAAUGUAAUCAUUGUCAUCAAAAUAAGCCAGUUAAAUUAGGAGAAUGUCUUCAAUGUCAUCAACAAAAGAAACAAGCAACUCCUUCAAAGAUUGAAAAUAUUCCAAUUGGAGAAUGUAUUCAUUGUCAUCAAAAUAAGCCAGUUAAAUUAGGAGAAUGUCUUCAAUGUCAUCAACAAAAGAAACAAGCAACUCCUUCAAAGAUUGAAAAUAUUCCGAUUGGAGAAUGUAAUCAUUGUCAUCAAAAUAAGCCAGUUAAAUUAGGAGAAUGUCUUCAAUGUCAUCAACAAAAGAAACAAGCAACUCCUUCAAAGAUUGAAAAUAUUCCAAUUGGAGAAUGUAUUCAUUGUCAUCAAAAUAAGCCAGUUAAAUUAGGAGAAUGUCUUCAAUGUCAUCAACAAAAGAAACAAGCAACUCCUUCAAAGAUUGAAAAUAUUCCGAUUGGAGAAUGUAAUCAUUGUCAUCAAAAUAAGCCAGUUAAAUUAGGAGAAUGUCUUCAAUGUCAUCAACAAAAGAAACAAGCAACUCCUUCAAAGAUUGAAAAUAUUCCAAUUGGAGAAUGUAUUCAUUGUCAUCAGACUAAACCUGUUAAAUUAGGAGAAUGUCUUCAAUGUCAUCAACAAAAGAAACAAGCAACUCCUUCCAAGACUGAAAAUAUUCCAAUUGGAAAAUGUAUUCAUUAUCAUCAAAAUAAACCAGUUAAACAAUGUUAUCAACAAAAGAAAACUUGCUUAGCACCUUCAGAACAAAUGAACAAUAAUGAAAAAGCUAAAAAUAUUGGAGAAUGUAUCCAUUGUUAUCAGGAAAAAUCUAUUAAAUUAGGGGAAUGUUACAUAUGUCAUCAAAAAAGAAGUAAUAAAUUUUAUAGUAACAAAAAGGAAUGUCCUGAAUGUAAAAAAAGAAUUACAGAUAUGAAUAGGAUGAUAAAUGACAAAAUUUGUAGCAGAUGUCAUACAAAAUAUCAAAGAAGAUUCGAUAAUUUUAAUAAUCAAAUAGCAUGUAAAACAUGUAAUGAACAAAACCAAAAAAGAGAAAUGUAUAAUGAAAAUGGACAAUGGUUCUGUUCAUUAGAUUGCAUGUAUGCAAAAAAGAUAUUGGAUGAAAUUGGAGACAUGAAAAAUAUUAACAAGGAAAGAAUUAACAUUCUAGUGAAUAGAUUUACAAGUACUAAUAAGAAUGCAGGAUCAACAUACAAUCUUACUUCAAAAAUGAUUAUGGAAAAAAUAGAAAUAAGUAUGAAACAAAACAAAUCAAACAUAGAGAAUGUAUUUGAUGAAAUAAAAAAGACACCUGAUUAUACAAUAAUGUAUAAUUUAUAA